CUCUCUCUCUCUCUCUCUCUCUCUCUCUGCCCUUCCCCUAAUGAAAAUUUUCCCAUGGAAAAAUAGUCUCCUCUCUUCUUUAUUUGCAAACACUUUCCUAAGUCCUAACACUCUGUUAGUCUAUUUCUUUUUGGUACUUGGCUACUCCGCUUACACUCUCUGUCACACUUCAGUCGCCAACUCAUACACUUUGCUUCAGCCAAAACAGCCUGCAAAGUCUCUCUCUCCUUGAACUCUAAUGUAUCUGCAGAAUCUAACUCCCCCCCUCCCACAUUAAAAUUUCAAAGAGAAACUGAAUGAUUUUAGACAAAUCUAGCUAGGCAAAAUAGAAAUUUUAUCUAAAAGAUUUCACCUUUGUUUACCCUGGCUCUUCCCAUCACUACUUCUGCACUGUAAAUAGAGAGAGACCCCAUUAAAAACCACCUUGCUGUUCCUCACCCCCAAAAAAAUAAAAAGAAAGAAAGAGUAGGAUAGCUCCUCUUUCAGUUCCUUACCAAAAGGCUGAGAGACCCCACUUUUCCUGUCAUGCACUCAAGUUUGUUCCUUUUUCAAUGAGUUGGGGUUGUCUUAGCUCUUCUUCUUGGGGGGUGAAUGGGGUGUAUGGUUUCUCAGCUGGCUGCGAAGUUUGCUUUCUUUCCACCAUCUCCACCAACGUAUCAGAUCAAGAAGCAUGACAAUGGGAAGCUCACGGUGGUUUCAUCUUCUUCUUCAACGCCUAUUUCUGUUGCUGAUGAUACUUCCUUGGAUGUGCUUUUGAUUGACACCAAACGUGGGAACAAGAUCGUCGCGUUUUACUUGAAAAACCCAUAUGCACGCCUUACCGUGCUUUAUUCUCACGGCAAUGCUGCUGACCUUGGCCAGCUCUAUGACCUCUUUGUCCAGCUCAAGGUCAACCUCAGAGUCAAUAUUAUGGGGUAUGACUAUUCUGGCUAUGGAGCAUCUACUGGUAAGCCAAGUGAAUCAAACACAUAUGCUGAUAUAGAGGCAGUGUAUCAGUGUCUUCAGACAGAGUAUGGAAUUAGUCAGGACGACUUAAUUUUAUAUGGACAGUCAGUUGGAAGUGGGCCAACAUUACAUUUGGCAGCUAAACUGCCGAGGCUCAGAGGCGUAGUUCUGCAUAGCGGCAUUCUUUCUGGCCUUCGUGUGCUCUGCCACGUUAAAUUCACUUUCUGCUUCGACAUUUAUCAGAAUAUCAAUAAAAUACGAAAGGUGAAGUGCCCUGUGCUUGUAAUACAUGGUACAGAAGAUGAUGUUGUCAAUUGGCUGCAUGGAAAUGGACUCUGGAAAAUGGCGAGGGAGCCAUAUGAGCCUUUGUGGAUCAAGGGAGGUGGCCACUGCAACUUGGAGCUAUACCCCGAUUACAUACGCCAUCUUUGUAAGUUCAUUUAUGAAAUGGAGAACAUGACAACAGAGAUUCGCCUUAAAAGGAUUCGUCAGAGUCUCCGUCUACCAACAAGGCUAAAUACUACUACUUCCUCGGUUACUAGCAAUGGGUGCUGUAAGAUUCAAUUAUGCCUACCCAAAUGCCCCAAAUGCCCCAAAUGUCCCAAAUGUCCAAAACCUAGAUGCAUUAACUGUUGUUGCUGGUGGCCUAAGUGCUCUUGUUGCUGGAGACCCAGCUGCCAAAACUGUUGCAGGAAGCCAAAAUGCCCAAACUGCCCAAAAUGCUGGUUGGGUUCCUGCUGCUGCAUCAAAUGUUCACAGUGGAGAUGUUGUGUGGAUUCACAUAAUGAGUUAAACGGUAAGCAGGAGGGCUAAUGGUGAUAAUGUGCUUGUACAGAUUGCUGAACUUGCUAACACCCCCCUCUCUAAUCAUAGCCAGUAGUGUACAAAACAAGAGCAACUAGUUUUUCUUUUUUCUGAUAAUAUUUAGGGGAAAAGAAAUGAUUGAAUGUUUUCAUCAUAUUGGGUAUUCUUAAAAUUGUGAUUU